AUGAACUUUCAAGGCCACUUGCUGCUGGAUCUCUGGCUGCACUUGAACAGCCUUUGCAUCUGUGGUCGCCCAAACUGGAGGAGAGUUGGCACGGAUAUUCUUCCAGAGGAUCUGAAACAAAUGGAGCUUGGAAUACAGUUUAUGUCUACUUGCCUGCCCUACCCUUUGGACCAACUGUCUUUUUACUUUACCAGCCUGGAAAUAACCAAAGAAUGCCUGGAUAUCCUGUGUAUUAGCUGCAAAGUGGUUCUUUACCUCCUGUGCUCCUUAUCUGUAUGUUAUCUUUGGAUCAAAUGGAGGAGACAUCAAAGGAGUGAUGUGAUGCCCAAAGUAGUAAGUCAGACCUCCACAGUUUCGGUUGGAACAGAAUUCCAUAGUGAACACACCUCCAAUGUGGACGAAAUGCUGUGGAGAUUGGUGGCAAAUACAUCCAUGAUGCUGAAAUACCUGAAGCAUGUCUGCCACCAUGAGAGUAAAGAAGCCCCACCACUCAAUAAAAAGAGAAAGGUGAAAGAAACCAAGGUUGAUGAAGAAAUCGUCACUACUUGUCCGUAUGGCCACUGCUCCAAUGUGGAUACUGUGAUGCAGGAAAUGUAA